AUGAUAACCCCGUCGGUGGAUGCCUCUACACGGGAUAUCUUGCGCAAGCUCGGAUGCCGCCUGCGUGAUGUGGAGCCAUGGGACAUUAGCACCGAUACAGAGAUCCUUGCGCAUGCGCGGUUUACCAAUGUAUGGACAAAGUUGCGCGCCAUGGAACUAUUUGAAUACGACCGUGUCGUGCUUAUCGACUCGGAUAUGUUGGUCAUGCAGAACAUGGACGAGCUCAUGGACCUCACGCUGGCCCCAGGCACCAUCGCUGCAGGGAUGGCAUGUACAUGCAACCCCAAUGGUAUACCCACCUAUCCCAGCGAUUGGGUACCCGACAACUGUGGCUUCCAGCUCCCGCACCCGCCGAGACCAGAAGAGCUGGAGCGGCCUACGCACCACCUGUUGAACAGCGGACUCGUGGUUAUGGAGCCAAGUGCCGAGCAAGCCAAAGCUCUACAUACCUAUGUGCACAUGCAUCCAGAGCGAGUAUCUGCGUAUCGAUUUCCUGAUCAGGACUUAUUGGCAGACGUCUACCGCGGUAAGUAUACACCCCUCCCCUGGUACUACAAUGCGCUGAAAACCAUUCGGCGCUGCCACGAGAACAUCUGGGACGAUGGCCAGGUGCGCAAUAUCCACUACAUCCUCGAAAAACCCUGGCAUCUAGGCCCCCUCGCCCCACACGAGGACGCCGACGCUCACCUCCACCUGCUCUGGUGGGAAGCGUACCAAUCACUGGCGUCCGACCCGGCCGCUGUGGGGCUCACCCAGGACGACUGGGCUACUAUGAUCGCUCCUCACGUGAACGAGUCCUCUGUCACGCCUAUCUGA